CGAUAUAUGUUGCCGGAAGCGACAGGUGUUUUCGGCACCGGAAGUACAGCGACGAGGCUUAAGCGUCCUGGCUAGUACCUGUGACAGGCUGUGAUGGCGAGCUCGGCAGCCGCAGUCCCUUUCCUUGCUCCUCCUCUGGAGCAGCUCCGGCACUUAGCAGCGGAGCUGCGGUCGCUUCUGCCUCAAGUGCGGGUCGGCGAAGCCCAGGAGACAACCGAGGAAUUUAAUCGAGAGAUGUUUUGGAGAAGACUUAAUGAGGCAGCAGUGAACCUGUCAGAGGAAGCCAAGAUUCUGACCACACUGUUUUCCCGACUUCCACUGCCAUCUCCACGGGAAACCCAGAGGAUCUGUGAGCAAAUCCAUGUUGCCAUCGAGGAAAUUAUUGCAGUAUAUUAUUCACUUCCUAAGGAUCAGGGAAUCACCCUGAGAAAGCUGGUGCGGAGUGCUACUCUGGACAUUGUGGAUGGCAUGGCCCAGCUCCUCCAAGUGCUUGUCUCUCCAUCUCCAAGCACUGAGAACAGUGACCUUAUUUCCUGCAAUAGUGUCUCGGUAGCAUGCCAACAGGUGCCUAAGAUUCCAAAAGAUAACAAAGCCGCAGCCCUGCUAACGCUGACAGAGAGUGUGGGUUUUGUGAAAGAUGCACUUGAAGAAAUGGAACAGGCUGUAGAAGAAUGUGACCCCUACUGUGGCCUCCUGAAUGAUUCUGAGGACAACUCUGACAGCCACAAUGAUGAGGAUGGUGUAGUAGGGCUUCCAAGCAACCAGGACUCCUACUGGUCAAAGGAAGAUCAGGAGCUCAUAGCCCCGUGCCUUGCAUUGGUGAAAGCAUCCAGAGCUUCUCUCAGAAAAAUCCGGAUCUUAGUGGCUGAGAAUGGGAAGAAGGAUCAGGUGGCCCAGCUGGAUGACAUCGUGGAUAUUUGUAAUGAGAUCAGCCCCAGUGUGGAUAAUUUGGUUCUGAGCAUAUAUCCACCUGUGUGUCACCUCACUGUGCGAAUCAAUUCUGCAAAACUGGUGUCUGUUUUAAUAAAGGCGCUUGAAAUUACAAAAGCCAGUCAUGUGACCCCCCAGCCAGAAGACAGCUGGAUCCCUUUACUCAUUAAUGCCAUUGAUCAUUGCAGGAACAGAGUUAAGGAGCUCACUCAGCAUGCAGCUGAGUUAUGAGCUGCCAGGCCGUUCUUACUCCUCUUUCUCCUGUUUCUCCUCUCACUCAUAGCCAAGCUCCAGUGUCUGCUUUUAUUUAUUUAUUUAUUUUUUCCUGGUGUCUGCUUUUAGAAGUGGAGCUAUGACAGGGUGGGUGCUUGCUGGAUAGAAAGGGAGCUCCUGUCUGUAUUUCACAAGAGAUUGUUAUCAAGAUUGUAGGCUAGGACAGAUUGGCAGUUAUCUAUAAGUCAUAAGAAUGUGAUAUUCUUCUGUGCUAGACACAAAAGGAAUUUCUAUAAAUUUGUGAUCUGAGCUGUUUCUUGGAGAUUAAGGAAGUUGUCCUAUUCUCUAUUUUACAGUAAAGUAUAUUGUUUUAUUAAGAUUUUGAUGAUCUCAAUAAAAUGCUUACCUCUGUCAUUAAA